AGAAAUCUUCCACGUUACAUGUAAGCAAUUACCUCUGAAAACCUGAAAAUCGUGAAAUUGAAUUGCCUGAUUUACUCAUUUGUAAACAGUCUGGUGGUCCUGAAAAGAACAACAGAAGAAAUUCAAUUUUGAUAAAAAUAGAAAGAUGAAAAUUUAUUAGAACAAGUCCAACACAGUGAGACCCCAUAAAAAACUCUCACAACAACAAUGAACAACACUCACGUUAAAAUAAUGUAAAAAGUACCGCGGUUUAAAUGAUGAUAUUAAACGACAUGAUUUGUUAAAUCUGUAUCAGGACAAAGAAGUUUAUAUACUUUGUAAGAAAACAAGUUUGUAAAAGAUAUAGCAACAUGAAAUAUUCUGAAUGGAAACUUUGGAGACAUUACCCUAGAUUGGAAGUUUAUAUAUGGUUAUAUUUCCAAAGGAGCUAAAAGUUUGCAUACGAUGUAUGAUCAAAAAGUUCUCCACCCAAUAUUCUUCUAGCCACUACACUGAUAUUUACACACGAUACGUCGAUACCGAUACCGUAUCGAAGAUUACUGACCGAGUUACACGCGGUUUUACGGAGAUUAAACAACAUAAAACACACUUUGAUCAGUAGAGGGUGUGUCAUUAAGACCAAAUGGAGAAAAUGGAAAUCAGAGCCGUCAUUAAGUACAUCUGUAAGAAAGGGAUGUCCCCCAAGGAAAUCCAUAAAGACUUCAUGGAUACACUUGGGAAGGAGUCCCCUUCCAAUAGCACUGUGAAAAAAUGGGCUGCUGAAUUUAAGAGGGGCAGGGAGAUGAUGAGCGAUCUGGACGGCCAAAAUAGGUCCCAACGAUGAAACUGCCAAAGCUGUGCACGAUCUGGUCAUGUGCGACAGAAGGCGAGACCUGCGAAGCAUUGUUAGGGAAGUGGGUAUUACCUUUGGAUCAUUUCAGCCAAUUCUGACUGAUGUCUAAGGCAUGUCAAAGGUUUCCGCUAGAUGGGUCCCCAGACAGUUGACUGACGACCAGAAACGGACCAGGCUUGACAUAUCAAGAUAUCUUUGUCUCGCUACGAGGAUGAACCUGAUUUUAUCUACCGGAUCGUACAUAGGUCAAUCACUCAUCCCAAGUUGCGAUGGCUGCUGCAGCUGACUGCUGCUUUGAAAUUCUUCCACACCCCUACAUUCUUCGGACUCGACCCCCUCUGACUACCUUUUCCUAAACUGAAAACCAAGCUUUAUUGUUAAUGUUUUAGAAGCAAUGAAGGUGUCAUGGAGGCGGCCAAUGAGUUCUUUGAGGUUCUAUUUUGAAGGGUUAAACAAGUUGGUGCACAGGUGGGCAAAGUGCAUUGAUGUAGAGGGCGAAUAUAUUGAAAAGUAGGACCAUAAGUUGGGUAAUCUGACUAGCGGAAGUACAUCUGGCCAAGAACUUUUUUUAUCAAUCCUUGUAUACAAUUGUUGUAGAGAAGAAUUUUUUCACAAAAUAUUGGCAACAAACACUAUUUUGUAUAAAAUGGAAAUAGUUCAAUCUAAAAUAAGCGCCUUGAUGUCAAAAAGAAUAACUUCGUAUUUAUUUUGGAAUGCAAAAAUAUUCAGGCAAUAUUUCUUUUAAAGAUGACACGGAUUGAAUUUUAGAAAUAAAUGUUUAAUGUUUUUAAACAUAUGUUAUAUUGCUAAACUCGUACAAAAUGUAUUAAUAGCUACAAAUAUAAUAACAAUUUGAAAUAUAAUAUGAUGUUUGAAUAUUUUUUUUUGUCUUUUUCCGUAAUUGCACGAGUUUCGUUUUAUUUACAGAUAAAGAAAAUACGCUUCAGCUUAUGCUAAAUCUUAGAUCUGAAGGAACGCAAAAGAAUGUUAAAGAGCACUUCUUGCUCGAUCUACAGAUAAAAGUUAUUGCUAAAAAUGGUGAAAAAAGUGCUGAAGGGAAUCAACGAGUUUAUGAAGUAAUGAGAGACUAUAUUAAAGAUAAAGAUGAUAUGACUGGUUCGCCUUAGGAUGAAAGAUCAACUGAUACACCAAUAUAUCACCUCGUAGAAUACAUCAAAGCUGUACAAAAAUGCCAUAUCGUUGAUGUUUCUUCCUCUGAUCAAUCGUCAACAGACAUACAAAUCAACUGUCUAGGUUCUGAAGCCAUGGAAGAUUUUCUCAAGACUGUCAACUGUAACGAAUUUCAACAAGAAUUGUUUAACCUUAGACGAUGGUUAUAUGUGCAAAAGAAGGUUGAAUCCCAUGAUAUAAUAGCUAAUUGCUCAUCAAAUGGCAUCGAGAAAGCAAAACAACGCCUGCACUUUACAAACGUAGCGAGAAAUAUGAAUUGUGCCAAUCAUCAGAAUAUACAAUGCACUGAGUAUUGUCCUGACCAUGACACGUUUUUCUGUGCAGCAUGCAGGGAAUCAAAACAUGGCACUUGUCAUGGAAUAAAACAACUUAUGUCGUAUGUUGAACGGAAGCGUCGUCUAGCCAUCAAGAGUUUGAAAGGAGGUUAUAACGUAAGGAUAGAUAAUACUUUAAUAAAUAUAGACAACAAUGAUCAACUUGGGUGUAUGAUCACUAGUAUGUGUAUGCUUCCUAAAAGUGAAGUUCUCCUUGCUGAUUUCUUCAAUAAGAAACUAAAGAAAUUGAACAGUUCGUACACGGUAACCAGUUAUUGUGGUCUACCGGAAAAACCCUAUUCUGUUUGUUAUAAAGGCAAAGAUACAGCUGUUGUUAGUUUAAGAAAUACCAUACAGUACGUAAAUGUGUCAGGUAAUUUAAACCUAAGACAAUUGAUGAAGCUAGAUCAUAAAUGUUACGGUCUAGCUUGUCACGGUGACACACUGUAUGUUAGCAGUGGAGACACAAUUUACAAAUAUGACAAAGACUGUAAACAAAAGCAGGUUCUCUAUCAGCUAAAGUUUUACACAUACUCAAUUGUUUUAAGUGACGAUGGUGAGCGACUCUACUUCAGUACAAAUACAGGUCUGACUACAAUAGAUUGUAAAGGAAAUCAUAUCAGUUCACAAUUUGACGGUUAUACUUUACGUGAUAUAUGUAUUGCUGGUGAAGGUAUGGUUCUUGUAUUAGAUGAAAAAAACAAUGUUCAUCAGCUGGAUUAUAAUGGAAAAAAACAUGGGACUGUAAAUAACAUACCAUUAAGUAAUAAUAAAUUGUGUUCUAUGUGUUUCGACAAAGAAAGAUGUAGACUUAUAGUUGGCGUUGUUGAGGACAAAUUACGUGUUUACAAAUGUGAGCUUUGGUCACAAGUUAGUUGA